AUGGGGGAAUGGACCAUCCUGGAGCGGCUGCUGGAGGCCGCGGUGCAGCAGCACUCCACCAUGAUCGGGAGGAUCCUGCUGACGGUGGUGGUGAUCUUCCGGAUCCUCAUCGUGGCCAUCGUGGGGGAGACGGUGUACGAUGACGAGCAGACCAUGUUCGUCUGCAACACCCUGCAGCCCGGCUGCAACCAGGCCUGCUACGACCGCGCCUUCCCCAUCUCGCACAUCCGCUACUGGGUGUUCCAGAUCAUCAUGGUGUGCACGCCCAGCCUCUGCUUCAUCACCUACUCCGUGCACCAGGCGGCCAAGCAGCGCGAGCGCCGCUACUCCACCGUCUUCCUGGCCUUGGACAGGGACCCGCCCGAGCCCAUGGCGGGCCCCGGGGGCGCGGGCGGCGGCGGCGGGGCGGGCAAGCGGGAGGACAAGAAGCUGCAGAACGCCAUCGUCAACGGGGUGCUGCAGAACGCGGAGCCCGCGGGCAAGGAGGGCGAGCCCGACUGCCUGGAGGUCAAGGAGCUGAGCCCGCACCCGUCGGGGCUGCGCACCGCCGCGCGCUCCAAGCUGCGGCGGCAGGAGGGCAUCUCCCGCUUCUACAUCAUCCAGGUGGUGUUCCGCAACGCGCUGGAGAUCGGCUUCCUGGUGGGCCAGUACUUCCUCUACGGCUUCAGCGUCCCGGGCCUGUACGAGUGCAGCCGCUACCCGUGCAUCAAGGAGGUGGAGUGCUACGUGUCCCGCCCCACCGAGAAGACCGUGUUCCUGGUGUUCAUGUUCGCCGUGAGCGGCAUCUGCGUGGUGCUCAACCUGGCCGAGCUCAACCACCUGGGCUGGCGCAAGAUCAAGCUGGCCGUGCGCGGGGCGCAGGCCAAGAGGAAGUCGGUCUACGAGAUCCGCAACAAGGACCUGCCCCGCGUCAGCGUCCCCAACUUUGGCAGGACUCAGUCCAGUGACUCUGCCUACGUGUAA